CACGAAUUCGCGUACGUCACGUGUCAUGUGACGUCACUGCAUGACUGUUUUGAAAGCUGGAGGCUGGCUAGCUAGCUGUCGGGAUCACACUUCGGCGGAAAUAUACGAUAUUUUGCUGGUCCAGUUGAGUACUACUUGAUUAUGAACACUGACACUUCCGGAGCGGACUUCCGGCUGUCCGGGUGAUGGCAACGCGUCUGCAGUCAUAUGACAGUAACUCCAGUGACACGGAAAACUGGGAAGGGAAAUCGACGAGCCGACCUCGGAAACUGUGCAAGCAUUCGAGCAGUCGAGCAAUCGCAUCUGGAGUGGAGAGCCAACAGAGGAAGAUGAGCCUGCACGGUGCCAGCGGGGGCUGCGACCGUUCACGUGACCGGCGUCGCUCCAGCGAUCGCUCCAGGGAUUCCUCGCAUGAGAGAGAGGGGCAGCUCACCCCAUGCAUUCGCAACCUCACUUCACCCACCCGCCAGCAUAACAGUGAGCGCGAUGGCGGGCCAUCGUCAAGGCCUGGCAGCCCUCGGCCGCAGAGGGUUUCUCCCAGCGGCUCCAGCAGCAGCGGCGUGGUGAGCAGCCGCAACAGCAGCCUCUCCAGCACUGAGGGAACCUUCAAAAGUUUGCCAGCGGGCGAAAUGGUGUUCGUGUAUGAGAAUCCCAAAGAGGCGGCGACCAGCACCACUGUCUGCAACCGCAACGUGCGCACCUCCGAGAGGGUCACGCUGAUUGUUGACAACACGCGCUUCGUGGUCGACCCCUCCAUCUUCACCGCGCAGCCCAAUACCAUGCUGGGCAGAAUGUUCGGGUCGGGACGAGAGCACAAUUUCACCCGGCCCAAUGAGAAAGGGGAGUUUGAGGUGGCCGAAGGAAUCAGUUCAACGGUUUUCCGAGCAAUUCUGGAUUACUACAAAUCGGGGCUAAUCCGUUGUCCUGAUGGAAUCUCCAUCCCUGAGUUGCGGGAGGCGUGUGACUAUCUAUGCAUUUCUUUUGACUACAGCACCAUCAAAUGCAGAGACCUCAGUGCCCUGAUGCACGAGCUGUCCAACGACGGCGCCCGGCGACAGUUUGAGUUUUACCUGGAAGAAAUGGUUCUACCUCUGAUGGUGGCGAGCGCCCAGAGCGGCGAGCGCGAGUGCCACAUUGUGGUCCUCACCGACGACGACGUGGUGGACUGGGACGAGGAGUACCCGCCACAGAUGGGAGAGGAGUACUCACAAAUCAUCUACAGCACAAAACUCUACAGAUUCUUUAAGUAUAUCGAGAACAGAGAUGUGGCCAAGUCUGUUUUGAAGGAGAGGGGAUUGAAGAAAAUCAGACUGGGCAUUGAAGGUUACCCCACAUAUAAGGAGAAAGUAAAGAAGCGCCCUGGAGGUCGUCCGGAGGUUAUCUACAACUACGUCCAGCGCCCCUUUAUCCGCAUGUCAUGGGAAAAGGAGGAGGGCAAGAGUCGCCACGUGGACUUCCAGUGCGUCAAGUCCAAAUCCAUCACCAACUUGGCAGCGGCAGCGGCUGAUAUCCCGCAGGACCAGCUGGUUGUCCUGCACCCGGGCCCCCAGGUGGACGAGUUGGACAUCCUGCCCAAUCACCCACCCGGGGGCAACGCUUACAACAACAACUACAGCAACGAGCCCGACCCAGAGGGACCGCCGCCCGCCGUGUGAGGAAGCCCUCGGACCCCGCUCUCGUCUCGUGUCUGCCUCCCAGCAUGCUGCAGCAUGGAGCGCACCAUAAGGGAGGCGCCAUAACCAUAAUUGCCUUGACACCUCCUUCGCAGCCUUAGAGAGCCAAGAAACUGGUGGACUGCUUUUACUGUAGUUUUUUUGUUUUUACUUGACCAAAGCAAUUUAUUUUUUUGUUUACAAUGUAUUCAGUAAACACUUAUUACUAUUAUUAUUUACAAUGUUGUACCCUCAUUUGUUGGGUUUGGCUGAGCACUCUUGUGGUAUCAAUGUUUCCUUUCAUCAAUCAUUUCGUUGGACUCCACAUGUUCCCGAGUGGCCUAUUGACUUUAAUGUGCUUUUUACAGAGAAGACUCAGUCAUAACGGGCAGAGGGGGGAUCAUCACUUUUCACCUGACCUUCACUUGUUAACAGUGUAAACUGGAUGUGUUCUGUCAUUGGCUGGAUGUGAUAUGUGAUGUGACGCUCCUACCGCAGACUGAACAUGAAAGCAGAGCACACGGGCUGGCACGCUCUCAAUCUUUUUGUGCAAAGCUUGAAACUGUUGUACACAAUGUUCAAGUGGUUCAAUAAAGAAAAUUAAAAUCUUAA